AGUAGCAGCCCAAGGAUGUUCAACAGGAAUUGGUGGUAACAUUUUGGCACCACAAACUGGACAGCAAACAAGGAAGGACUUGAAGGAAGGACCUGCUAGGAGUCAACACACAUAAUGGCUAACCGCACAACAGGCAUUGCCACAAGGAGCUGCAGUAGGCCAUGGUUAAGUGGAGCCAUACCCGUUCUGCUCCUGCUCCUGCUGGUGCUCCUUCCGCUGGAAUCCCUGGCCUUCUGCCCCUCGAAAUGCCAGUGCCUGGGAGGAGAGACCAACAGUAGAGCUCUCUGCGUGGACGCCGCUUUGGAGGAUGUCCCCAUCCAACUAAAUCCGGAGACCAAAUACAUCAACCUCACCCUGAAUCGGAUACGUAACCUGGAUUACGCUCUUCCCUUCUACGUGAAGCUGGAGAUACUGGAUCUCUCGCAAAAUAUAAUCGAAACCUUGGGUUCCAAGAACUUCGAGUACCAGUCGGAGCUGAGAACAUUGAAUUUGAGUCGAAACCUGGUCAGUUCCCUGCACAAGCACGCCUUCAAGGGACUCACCAACCUGCUCCUGCUGGACCUCAGCUUUAACAGGAUCGAAACGGUGCAUCCCACGGCCCUCAGUGAUCUGGCCUCACUGGUGGAGCUGGAUCUCACGAAUAAUAAUAUUGUGAGCAUGGAGGAUAACUCCUUCAAAGGCAUGCCCACGCUGGAGGUGCUGGUAUUCCGGAAUAAUCGAUUGCUGGACGUCCCAGCGAGUAAUCUCUGGCAUUUGCAUGCCCUCAAGAGCCUGGAUAUGUCCGAUAAUCUUGUGGAAUUUGUGCGAAACGAUAGCUUUGAAGGACUCAAGGAGCUGCUGGCCCUGAGUCUGAGGGGCAAUGUGAUGAGCGAGCUGGAUGUGAGUGCCUUCGAGGGACUGAUAUCGCUGAAGCAUUUGGAUUUGGCAGAUAAUAAUUUAACGAUGGUGCCCACCCAGCAGUUGUCGAAACUUUCGAACCUCACCUACUUGAACCUGGGUGGAAAUCGCUUUUCCCAGCUACCCGCCGUCGCCUUCCUCAACUUGUUUCAUUUGCGCGAAUUGCAUUUGAGUCGGCUUGACUAUUUGCAGCGCAUCGAUUCGAGAGCCUUUGUGGACAACACCCACCUGCAGACGCUGCACCUGAACAACAAUCCCCAGCUGAGCGACAUACCGAUGCGUCUGUUCCAGGGAAAUCCCAAUAUCCUGGAGGUCUUCAUGCAGAGCAACAGUCUGCAGACCCUUUACUCUGCCCAGUUCCCGGUGGAUCAGUUGCAGAAACUAUAUCUUGGCGAUAAUCCACUGCAGUGUAAUUGCUCACUGCUGUGGCUCUGGCGGCUGGUAACUGGGAAUUUCGAGGGAGUAGAUCCUGCCAUUGAGCAUGCUGCAGGAGGAGCAGUGGCUGCCUUGGCUAAGGAGGCAGAUGGAGAGGAUGACGAGCAGGCGGAUGAGGCCUCCACGGACGAUGGUGUGGCUGCCUUGGCCGCUUAUAUCGCAGAGCAGCAUAUAGUCAAUGCCUUGCACACCACCGAACCGAGUGCCUAUGAGCUGGCCACCUCUUCCUCGAACAGGAAUUCGGGCAUCUUGCGUAUGGAUCGCCAGCAAAUCGGUUGUGAUAUCUGGCGGGAUAAGCUGAGAACUCGCCGGCAGUUGCUGACCAUGAGCGAGGGUGAAAUCACCUGCCCAGCACACAUUGUCACCGUGGUGUGUGCAGUGAUCACCUGCCUGCUGGUGACCAUGAUCGGAGUGAGUGUCCUGUACUAUCUGCGAUUUGUGAAGCGUCGCAGGAAGCUUCUGCACGAUAGGGGUCCCUUGAGAACCAGCAAGAGCAUCAUCAAUGUGCACGAUCGCAUCCUGCAGAACCAUAAUCCCGGCAUGGGAUUGGGCAUGAGCAUGACUUUGGGCGGUAGUAACCAUGGUAAUAACUUGGGCAUGUCCCUCAACUAUCCGCAUCACGCACAGACCCUGCAGGCCCAUCAUCAUUACCACCAAGCGGCCAUGCCCCUUCAGUCUCACCUGGGCAAUGGUGUGGGCCAUGAGUAUCAACAGGCCACCAUGCCGCAGCUGGAUAAAUCGGAUCUGGAGCGGUAUAUCAAGGCCCAGACCAUAGUCAAUGACUACCGGGCCCUUAACCACUGGGAACUGCCCGUCAAGGAGGCUGACGAUGAGCCGGAGCAUCUGUACGAGCGCUUCGAUCACUACGAAUACCCGGAUACGCACACAAUGACCAAGCUGAAACAGGCGGCAGCUCUCAAUCACUCCUCCGCAGCAUCCUCGGCAGGACCUUCGCCAGUGCCACCUGCGGCGGGAAAACCACACGUGGUCUACGUAUGACGUGGACGCAAGGGAUCCCACCUGGAGACGGAUACGGAGAUGGAAAUGGUCGGACUGAACUAUCACCACCAUAACCACCACCACCACAACAAUAACAACAACUAUCGGGGCUGUGUUCAGAGCGCCAAGACCAGCAGCGGUCAGUUCUGAGUUGGAAAAUUAAAGAAUAAAUAAGAAAAAGGGGGUUUAAUUCAAGGAAAAAUAUAAACAGGGAAAGUGAGAGGUUAGAUUAAGGCGAAAGUUAAGGGGAGGAUAAAGGGCAGAAAGGAUUUUAGGGGGAUGUAUUUAGCAGAAGAAUUCAAAUUGGUUACAGUUUUUGGGAGUUUUGUAGAU